AUGGAGAUACUACCGUCAUAUGAAGAAGCAAUCACAGGUCCGGAUUGGUUAUCCUUGGUAGCUGCCUAUAUCCCAGUGAUUGAUUGGCUACGAUGCUGUCUUGUGAAUCGCCGGUUUUAUCGUCAAUUCGCGCCGCGUCUUUGGAAAGAUCCUUUGGUAACAGUUAGACAGUUAGGGCUACAUCCGAAUGAUGAUUUAUCUUGGUACCGUCGCUUCAUAAAUAAACAUAUCAAAACCACAAGACUGGAAACGAGGUCUUACGUGCGUUCAUUAGACUUCCGAAGUUUCGCGAUACGUGCAUCCGGGCUCUACUCUUCGGAAGCAAGUGAACGUGCAAUAUCGGAAAGCUUCAAGAACCUACCCCAAAUAUUUCCUGGCCUGAUAUGUUUGCUCGUGGACGGUCAUCCGGAAUUGAACCCGGAGUCUUUAGCUACGGCUUCCAAUGCGACAGGAUCCUUACAAUUGCUUGAUCUAGCUCGCUGUCGCCAUGAACUUACAUCGAAGCUCUUCAGUUCUCAAUUAUUUAGGGAUCUAGCCUACUUAGAUAUAUCGUUCAUUCCCGGCUCGGUCAAGACUGCAAUUCAAUCAUCUUUGAACCCCAACUCAUUGCCGGAACUUCGAAUAUUGAAAGUUGCGGGUCGAGAGAUGGAUAAUCUGACGGCCAGUCUGUUACUUCGGACUUUCGGCCAUCAAUUAUGGAGUCUUGAUCUUAGUUACAAUAAACUAGGAGACGAGAUUUUAGAUGAUAUUGUAGAACACUCUGUUUCUCUUUUCACAUUCCAUACUGAGGCACAUUUCGAAAAGGAGGGGAAAUUGGCCUUACCGAAGAAUGUUGGUAACCUGAAACAUGGACUUUUCGAGUUCAUCGAGGAGUCUGGGGAUAGCUAUCGCAAUCAUAACUUGGAGAAAUAUCUCGCAGACUCGCCAUUCUACUCUCGAGAAGUGGAUCGGCCCGAACUACAGGAAUGGCAAGCUGUUCGUCCUGAUGGACUUGCCCCUAUGAGGCGCGACGAUGCCAAUACAGUUAAGAAGUCGCUCCUUGACGGUACGACCUAUAUUUCAAAUUUCAGAGACCAGCCAAGGUUGGGGCAUGGUGGUAUCACACAUCUAUACUUGAACGGAAAUCGGUUCACUGUCUCCGGCAUCGAAAGAUUGGUUAGAACAUCUCGAGGACGACUUGAACAUUUAGAGUGUGGUUCUUGUCUCUGCACCCCAACUCGUUUCCCGAUAAACCUCGACUUAAAAGGUAUAAGGAUUGUCGGAUUGCCUGGCUCUGCGCCCUUAUUUCGAGCCGUAAUAUCAUCCGCAAUUCGGUCUCUUCGAGUUCAUCAUUCUCUUGUGACACAGGUCCCGUCCGUUUCCAUAGAUGGACUUCCUUCGGUAUCUGCCAAACGAUUUGCAGAGGGGACAAUAUUCAGGAAUAUCCGCCGUGUCUAUCCAUUAGCCUUGGGACCUGAUACCAAUCCACGGCUUACAUCGUUAACAUUGACGAAUAUCCCGGCUCGUUCGACAGGUCCAGUCAUCGAACAACUCACCUCGUUCUUAGAUCUUGCAUCUGCGCAACAGAAUGCUAUCAGAGAAGCUAGAGUAAUAUCUAGUGGUCGUGGUUCCUCGGUUCUGAGUGGUCUUCGACGUAUCCGGCUUGAGCUAGAACCCGAAUUUUCGGAGGAUGUCGAUAUCAUCUCGACAAGCAGCGUCGUCGAUUUCGACAAGCUUCUUGAUCCUGCUGAAGAUGGCUUUGGUCAUGACACAUCGAGUUUCUUCGAUAACGACGAUGGAUCUUUCGGGAUUACGUCAAGAGGUACUACCGCUAAAACUCAAACAACACAUAAUACUCCAUCAGCUAAUGUCGAAGAAUAUAUACGAUGGGCCUCGGGACGUUUGAAAUCAUAUCCCUAUUCAAAUACAGAUUCGGAAUAUAUAACCCAUUACGUCGAUGCGGCUCAAUCGUGGACUGGAAACGUCUACUCCAUCCCGGUUUGGAUUGGCCCAGGUACUAUUGGACCACAUGCUGCAGUUAAUGAAUAUAUGUGGAACGUACAAGAUCCAAAUCUUUGUGCUGACGUUGGUCCCGCAACGCCGAAUCACGUCGCUGCUGGGGUACCAUCUAUGUCGUACAUAUUUUAUGCAGCUUGGGAAGCUAUGAUACUUCCUAGGAAAAACGCGAUCCGAGAAGCAGCGAAAAGCUCUACUAGAUUCAAAGAUGUAGCCGCGGCGAUCAAAGAAUAUCGUCUUCGAACGAGGGGUACAUCCAAUCAUUGGGAUGGGAAGCUUGAGUUAGUACGGACGGGUUGA